AUGCCUCCAGCAGGAACCCAACCUCGAAAACCAGAAGCAUCUGCAGCAAACAAGGAUCAGAACGAGUAUAUUCCGGCUUUCAUUGCAAAGAAACCCUUCUAUGUCGACGACGACGAUAAUACAGAUUACCUCGAGCAUCAGCGUCUUCAGAAAGCCCAAUCAGAUCAGUCAAUAUGGUAUGACCGUGGCAAGAAAUUGGGGCCCGCAGCGACCAAAUUUCGAAAAGGCGCAUGCGAAAACUGCGGGGCAAUGACACACAAGAUCAAGGAUUGCUUAGAUAGACCUAGAGCGAAAGGCGCCAAAUGGACUGGGAAAGAUAUACAGGCAGAUGAAGUUAUACAAGAUGUUGAUCUGGGAUGGGAUGCGAAGAGGGACCGAUGGAAUGGAUAUAAUGCGAAAGAGUACAAGGCUGUCACGGACGAGUAUGCGCAGUUGGAGGAGCUGAAGAAACAGGUAUGUAAAGGUGAUGGCAAGGAUGGAGAAGAGGCUGGUGAGGACGGUGAUGAUGAUGGCGCAAAAUAUGCAGAGGAAUCAGAUAUGGGCAGACAUCAAAGUACAUCGACGAGGCAGCUGAGAAUCCGUGAGGAUACGGCGAAAUACCUUUUGAACCUGGACUUGGAUUCGGCAAAGUACGAUCCCAAAACCAGAUCUAUGGUGGACAGUGGAGCGACUGCUGAUACGGCUGCUGCGCUGGUUGCGGAAGAAGGAUUUUUGAAGGCUUCUGGGGAUGCCGCCGAAUUUGAAAAGGCACAAAAGUACGCCUGGGAGUCUCAAGAGAAGGCAGGAGAUACAAAACUACAUUUGCAAGCAAACCCUACUUCCGGCGAAUAUUAUAGGAGAAAGGAGAAGGAAGAGGCCGAAACCAAACGAAAUGCGCAUAAGAAAAUGCUUUUGGAGAAAUACGGUAAGGAUAGUAACCCCGUGGCCGCGAAACUCAGGGAUGCUGCCGUCAUGGAGUCCGAAAGAUUCAUCGAAUACGAUGAACUGGGUGGAAUCAAAGGAGCACCAAAGGCCUCUGCCAAGUCGAAAUAUCCUGAGGAUGUUCUUAUUAAUAAUCAUACCUCUGUGUGGGGAAGCUGGUGGUCUCAAUUCAAAUGGGGCUAUGCUUGUUGUCAUUCUAUGGUCAAGAAUAGUUACUGUGUUGGCGAGGCAGGGAAAAGGGCCAUGGAGGACGCUGAACAUGCUAGAACAGGCAAUAUUCUGCUCGAGGGAGGUGCGGAAGAAAUUGAAACGGCGAAGGAAGAAAUCGCAAAUCCUACCGGGGCCGUCUCUGAUUUGACUACACAACAAACGAAGAAGCGUACGGCGGAAGAGAUGCACUCGGGCGUGUCAGAGGAGGACAUGGAUGCAUGGAAGAAGAAACGUGUAGCAGCCGACGAUCCAAUGAAUGCUUUCUUAGGGAAGGAUGAGCUAGUGUAG